GCCUAGGAGGGAGCGGGCCGCACGCGAGAGUAAACAGCCCCAGCCGGCAAAGUCGAGUUCCGGCCGUGUCGCGGUGCCGCCGGGCAGCGGCGGAGAGGACGCGGUCCUGAUCUUCGUCCGUGAGGUUAAAAUCUGGAUCGCGGUGCUAGGCCCCGGGGAACCCUCAGCGAGGCUCACCCUCUGCCCCCUCGCGGCGAGACGCCUCGCUCCCCGAGCUUCUCCCGCCCCCCGCGGGUCUCCUCCCACUGUUGAAAGCUGCCCGGGAAAGUGGUGGCGGGAGCGGGCCUGGGCCUGAGCGCGGCGUGGACCCGGCUGCGUGCUGCGAGGCGCAGGAGGAGGGUGGCCGACAUGACGGCCCCGGGUGAGAGCCCCCUGGAGCCGCUGUUGGAGACUUUGGAAGACCCUUCCGCCCCCCUUGGAGAGCAGACCGACGCUUACCUGACUCUGACCAGUCGCAUGACUGGAGAAGAUGGAAAAGAAGUCAUUAUGGAAAUUGAGAGAAAACUUUCUCGGCUAUUCAGAGUUUUAAAAAUUCACAUUACCAGUCAAAACUCAGACCUCAGUAGUGCUGCUCUACAGGCCUUGGGGUUUUGCUUGUAUAAUCCCAAAAUUACCUCAGGAUUAUCAGACACAGACAUUGAAGAACUGCUUUUAAAAUUGAAUGACAGUGUUAAGAGCUCAGACAAAAAUGUACGUACUAGGGCACUUUGGGUGAUAUCCAAGCAGACGUUUCCCACUGAAGUCAUUGGCAAAGUAGUAUCCAGUAUAAUUGAUUCAUUAGAAAUAGUAUUUAAUAGAGGAGAGAUGCAUUCUGCCGUUGUUGAUUAUGAAGCAUUAAAUGUCAUCAUAAGGCUAAUUGAACAAGCUCCAAUUCAAAUGGGAGAAGAGUCAAUUAGGUGGGCAAAACUCGUCAUACCUUUAGUGGUUCAUUCAGCCCAAAAGGUACAUUUGCGGGGAGCAACUGCUCUAGAGAUGGGAAUGCCGUUGUUACUUCAAAAACAGCAAGAAAUAGCAUCUAUCACAGAGCAGCUUAUGACUACUAAAUUACUUUCAGAACUCCAGAAGCUAUUUAUGAGUAAGAAUGAGACUUAUGUGUUAAAAUUGUGGCCUUUGUUUGUCAAACUUCUUGGGAAGACCUUGCAUCGAAGUGGGAGUUUCAUUAAUUCUCUAUUACAGCUGGAAGAACUAGGAUUUCGUAGUGGAGCACCCAUGAUUAAAAAAAUAGCAUUUAUUGCUUGGAAGAGUUUAAUAGAUAAUUUUGCUUUGAAUCCAGAAAUAUUAUGCAGUGCGAAAAGACUGAAGUUGUUAAUGCAGCCUUUGAGUUCCAUCCAUGUGAGAACAGAAACUCUAGCAUUAACAAAACUAGAAGUCUGGUGGUAUUUACUAAUGAGACUUGGACCUCAUCUUCCUGCUAAUUUUGAACAGGUGUGCGUGCCUCUGAUUCAAAGUACAAUAAGCAUCGACUCUAAUGCUUUACCUCAAGGCAGUUCAUCUCGUGUAGCUCCUUCUCCAGUUUUAAAUCCUAUGACUCCUAUACACAAAGGUGCUUCCCCAUAUGGAACUCCUGUAACUCCUCGGAUGAACUUGAGUUCAAAUUUUGGUGGAAUGGCCACAAUCCCCUCUAUUCAACUUUUGGGACUAGAAAUGCUGCUUCAUUUUUUAUUGGGUCCAGAAGUCUUGAGUUUUGCUAAGCAAAACAAACUCGUACUGAGCUUAGAGCCUCUUGAACAUCCAUUAAUCAGCAGCUCUUCUUUUUUUUCCAAACAUGCAAGUACACUUAUCACUGCUGUUCAUGAUAGCUUUGUUGCGGUUGGAAAAGAUGCUUCUGAAGCGGUUGUCAAUGCUAUUUGGAAGGAACUAAUUAACUUGAUGAAAUCAGUCAUUGAAUCAGGUAACAAAAAAGAGAGACCAGGUUCUGAAGUUUUGACCCUCUUACUAAAAUCUUUGGAAAGCAUAGUAAAGUCGGAAGUAUUUCCUGUAUCAAAAAUACUGGUCCUCAUGGAAAUUACAAUUAAAGGACUGCCCCAGAAAGUUUUAGGUUCACCAGCAUAUCAGGUUGCUAAUAUGGAUAUUCUUAAUGGGACUCCUGCUUUGUUCUUAAUUCAGUUAAUUUUCAAUAAUAAUCUCUUGGAAUAUGGUGUAGAAGAUGAAAGGUUUUUUCUUAAUCUGGAAACACUUGUAGGCUGUGUCCUUUCUGGUCCAACUUCACCACUAGCUUUCAGUGACUCUGUUUUAAGUGUUAUUAAUCAAAAUGCAAAGCUGUUGGAAAACAAGGAGCAUCUCUGGAGAAUGUGGAGUAUUAUAGUCACCCCAUUAACUGAAUUGAUUAAUCAGACCAAUGAAGUGAAUCAAGGUGAUGCCUUAGAACAUAAUUUUAGUGCCAUAUAUGGUGCUUUGACUUUACCAAUAAACCAUAUUUUUUCAGUACAGAAGUUUCCAGUGGUCACCAUGAAGACCUUACUUAGAACUUGGUCAGAAUUAUAUAGAGCCUUUGCCCGUUGUGCUGCUUUGGUGGCAACUGCGGAAGAGAACUUGUGCUGUGAGGAACUUUCUUCCAAGAUCAUGUCCAGUUUAGAAGAUGCAGGCUUUUCAAAUUUGUUGCUCUUAGAAAGGAUCAUUCAUAUUAUUACUGUAAUGAUUGAUUGCGUUGACUUCUCACCAUAUAAUAUUAAAUAUCAGCCAAAAGUUAAAUCACCGCAGAGACCUUCAGAUUGGUCCAAAAAGAAGAAAGAACCUUUAGGGAAAUUGGCGUCUUUAUUUAAACUUAUCGUGAGAGUGAUCUACUCUUUCCACACUCUGAGCUUCAAGGAAGUACAUUCUGAUACUCUUCUGACUAUUGGCAACUCAAUCACUGGUAUUCUUUCUAAUGUACUUGGACGUAUUUCUUUGCCUUCUAUGAUCCGAAAAAUAUUUGCAACUUUAUCAAGACCCCUGGCAUUAUUUUAUGAAAACUCAAAGCUUGAUGAAGUUCCUAAAGUGUAUGGUUGUAUGAGCAACAAGUUAGAAAAGCUACUAGGAGAGAUAAUUGCUUGUCUGCACUUCAGCUACACUGGAACUUACGACAGCGAACUUCUUGAACAGAUUUCUCCGUUAUUAUGCAUAAUAUUUUUGCACAAGAAUAAACAGAUUCGAAAACAGAGCGCUCAGUUCUGGAAUGCCACAUUUGCUAAAGUGACAAUGUUGACUUAUCCUGAAGAGUUAAAACCAAUAUUAAGACAAGCCAAACAGAAAUUUCUGCUUCUCUUGCCUGGUUUGGAAAAUGUUGACAUUAUGGAGGAAUCCAGUGGCCCAUACUCAGAUGGAACAGAAAAUUCACAGUUAAAUAUGAAGAUAAGUGGCAUGGAAAGAAAAUCAAGUGGAAAGAGAGAUUCUUUUUUGGCACAAACAAAGGAUGCAAAAGAAAAUAUGAAACCACCAGGCAAAUUGAAAUUAGAGUCGUCUUCUCCGAAAGCAAAGAGUGAAAUGCCUUUGGAAGAAGAAAAGUCUAUUGACUUUGUGUUUAUACCGUCUGAAGGAAAAGAAACAAAGGAAAGAAUACUAACAGAACAUCAGAAAGAAGUACUCAAAACAAAGAGGUGCGAUAUUCCUGCCAUGUAUAAUAAUCUGGAUGUUUCACAAGAUACUUUGUUUUCUCAGUAUACUCAUGAAGAGUCUGUGGAAGUUCCUACUUUAACUGAAAAAUCAAAGGAAGAUUCCACAGUGAUAUUUAAGGAGGAACAAAUGGAGAGUGACAUUGUCAUUCCUCAAGAUGUCACAGAAAACUGUGGUAUGGAUGAGCAUCCUGAAAAGGCUUCCCUUUCAAAUAAUGAGUGUGGUUCUAUUGAAGAAACCAGUCCAGACAUAUUGAGCAAUAAUAAUGAUGCCAGAAAGAAAGCUUUAAUUUCAUCAAAGAAGACACCAACUGAAUGUGCACCUAGUGCAGAAAAUACUUCUGGUAUCAGCGGUAGCUCAGUUUCUAAUGCCAUCAUUUCAGGAACUCUGCCACAGCCUACAAGUCGGAGGCAAACCUUUAUUACUUUGGAGAAGUAUGAUGGUUCAGAAAAUAGACCUUUUAGUUCAUCCCCCUUAAAUAAUAUGUCAUCAACUGUUACAGUGAAAAAUAACCAGGAAAGCAUGAGUAAAGCAGAUAUUUCAUCAAAAGCAAAGAAAAGAGAACUAGCUCUUGCAAAAUCUGACUCUGAAAAAAUAGUGCAUGGAAGUAAGAGAUCAAGUCGAAAGUCGAGUAAAACUGAACAAACAGGGAAUAAAAGGUCUAAACUUUUAAUGAGAUCUGAUCAGGAGAAAAAUUCUCAGGAAUCUGUUGAUGGCAUGGUAGCCUUAGAAAAUAACCCACCUGGUUUGCUUCAUCAAACAGAAUGUACAUUAGAUAAUAACCAUGCUCAUCUCUCUGAUUCUACAAUGGAGUAUGAGGGUACAGUGCUUAAACCAACAGUAGAAAAUGCAGUGUUAUUAGAAAACAGUACUGCAGAAGACAAAACAUUAGGAAUUAAUUUGGAAUCCAAAGAAAAUACACCUCCAGUUGUAACACCAGCAGAUCAAAUAGUAGAUGAGGAUAAUACUGUUCAGAUAACUCCUAGCCAAAAAACCCUUAGACGAUCCUCAAGGCGACGUUCAGAAAUAGCAGAGCCCGCUGCUGACAGCCAAGAGAAAGAAAAUCAUCAAAAAAAAGAAAGGCGUAAGGAAGAAGAAAAGCCUCUUCAGAAGAGUCCUUUGCAGGUAAAAGAUGACUUGUUACUUAAGCAAAAACUGAUUUCUGAGCAUACUCUCCAGGAAAAUGUAGAAAAAGGAACUAAUUUACAUGAGAAGACUUAUGGGGAAACCAGCACUAAUGCUGAAAUUGAUGAAAAUAAAAGAAAGCUAGACCUUGAAAAUAUUAAAUCUGAGGGCGAUGGUGCUCAGGACGUUGCAGAUAAGUCCUCUGAAAAACCAGUAAGUGGACGAACCCGGUAUCAGACAAGAAGAGCAUCCCAAGGUUUACUUUCCAGCAUUGAAAACUCAGAAUCUGAUAGUUCUGAGGCAAAAGAAGAAGGUUCUAAAAAGAAGAGAUCCGGAAAAUGGAAAAACAAAAGCAGUGAUAGUGUUGACAUUGAAGAUCAAGAAGAAAAAGUGAUAAAACAGGAAUGUAUAAACAUUGAAAACCAGACACUUGAUUGUAAGGCAAAUUCUGAGGUAGAAAGAGACAUAAAAUCUCAUAUUUGUGAACAAAAAGAUGAGAGUAACAUAACUCUUGAAGAUUCUACCGUAUCUUCAGAUUUAUUGCAAGUUUGUGAUGAUGUAUCAAAUACUUAUGAGGGAAAAAUCAAAACCAACAAGUGUGCAGAAUAUUCUUUUUCAAGCCCAUCAGUGCCAGAAUCAAAUCUAAGGACUAGAAAUGCCAGUAAGCGAUUACAAAAACGAGAUUCUAUAGAAAAUAACAGUGUGGGAGAAUCCUCAAAAAUAGGGACAUCAGACAUCUCUUUGCUUUCUGAAAAAGCUUUUCAAACAAUUGAAUGCCAGCAUAAGAGAAGUAGGAGGGUAAGGCGAUCUAAAAGUUGUGAUUGUUGUGGAGAAAAAUCACAAACUCAGGAAAAGUCAUUCACUGGGUUAAAGAAUACAGAAAAUUACGACGUGAAGGUCAGUGAAACAAGAAAGACAGAUGUGCAGACAGCUGUACCUGUAUCAGAAGCUUCUAAAGCUAGUCUGUCCUCGGAGGUAAAACUUAUAGAUGAACAUCAGGCUGUGAAUUUUCAUUUGGGUCUCAAGGAGGAGAAUGAUACUGUUAAUGAUUCAUUAAUUAUAUCUGAAACUGAAUUGAAUGAAGAUACUGUUCAAAACCCUCUUCCUUCUGAGGUAUUGAAUUUUGAAGAAGAAACUUGUGAUGCAGAUUCUGCAGAAGCAGUAUCUCUUGAAAGCCAAGAGCCGCCCAAUAAAAAAUGUAAAACUGUUGGCCCAUGUUUAGGUGAUUCCAGAGAUAAUUCACUAGAAUAUUCUACUUUGGAGAUUAACAAAGAAAAGCCAGAGGCUGUCCUGGAAAAGGAACUAACAAUAGAGAACAUUGCCAGUGUUGAAACAAAUGCAUGUGAGGCUGAAGCAAAGUUUAAUCCAGAAGUAGUAGAAGCUGUUGAAUUGGAUAUAGAAAGUGAUCAAUCUGAAACAGGCUUUUCUCAACAAAAGGAUGCCAAAACUGUUAAUUUUGAAGAGGAGGUAAUGGAGAUAAACAGUGAAAGAUGUGAUGAACCUGAAGCAGAGGCCGCCGAACAACUAAAUGCUGAAGAAAUAGUAACUAAAGAAUUUAAUUCUGAUAUUGGUCUUUCUGACGAUACCACAUCUGUAAAAGAGAGUGCUCAGGCAGAGAUACCUGAACAAACAGCAGUUGGGGAAUUAGAUGAAGGAGGGGAUAAAUCUAGUCCAGACUCAUCUGAAGAAAUAAGUGGUAAAAUGGAAAAUUACGAAGAGGCAGUGACUGGUGAGGUAAAUGCUACAGCUGAUCAAGUCAGUGAAACAGAGGACAGGGACUUGAAUACCAAAAUCUCUAAGCUUGCACAGGCCAAUGCAAAGACAUUGAAUAUGGAAAUCGACAGCUUUGUUUUCAACACGCUUGAGAUGAGCACUGAAGGAGGAAAGGUGGACUCUAAUAAAACUGAAACAAAUAUUGAACUUAGUAAGUCUGAAGAAACACCUUUAGAUGACAAUCAAAUGGUAGGAGGAAAUGAUGAAAUUUUACAAGAAGUUCACCAUACUUCAGAGAAAGUGGAGGGAACCUCACAGUCUCUGGCAUCUGAAACAGCCAUUUGUGAACUAAUAACAGAAGACAAUAAUGCAUCUCCUCAAAAAUUAAGGGAACUUGAUUCUUUACUUGUAUCAGCAAAUGGCAGUCCUAGUGGCAUGCAGACACGCUGUGUCUGGUCUCCUUUGGCAUCUCCAUCCACCAGCAUUUUAAAGAGAGGACUAAAAAGACCACAAGAAGAUGAGAUAUCGUCACCUGUUCACAAGGUUCGCCGUGUCUCCUUUGCAGAUCCAAUAUACCAAGCAGGAUUGGCAGAUGACAUUGAUAGGCGCUGCUCUAUCGUUAGGUCCCAUUGUUCAAAUAAUUCUCCUAUAGUAAAAAGUAUUAAAACUUCACCUACUGCACAAUGUAAGCAUAAUGCCACCUCAACCAAAGGAUUUCUGUCCCCAGGAUCACGUAGCCCUAAAUUUAAGAGCUCAAAGAAGUGUUUAAUUACAGAAAUGGCUAAAGAACCUGUCCCAUAUCCAACAGAAAGUGUUUACCCAGCUUUGGUGAACUGUGUGGCUCCAGUUGAUAUCAUUUUACCUCAGAUUACAUCAAAUAUAUGGGCAAGAGGACUGGGACAGCUCAUUAGAGCUAAGAAUAUAAAAACAAUUGGUGAUUUGAGUACUCUUACAGCGUCUGAAAUAAAAACUCUUCCUAUCCGUUCUCCAAAAGUGUCCAAUGUAAAAAAGGCUCUCAGAGUUUAUCAUGAGCAACAGGUAAAGUCUCGUGGACUAGAAGAGAUGCCAGUUUUUGAUCUUUCUGAAAAAACAGUAAAUGGAAUACAAACCAAAUCUCUCCCUUCUGAUGAAGAAAGACUUGCCUCAGAUUUAAUUGAUCCUGUUGCUUUAGAAACUCCAUUACCUAAAAAUCUUGUGGCACAGAUUAGUGCACUUGCUAUUCAGCUGGAUUCAGAAGAUCUCCAUAAUUAUUCAGGAAGCCAGCUCUUUGAAAUGCAUGAGAAACUUGGUAGCAUGGCAAACUCAAUAAUAAAAAAUUUGCAGUCACGUUGGAGGUCACCAGCCCAUGAAAAUUCCAUUUAGUAUCUUAUGAGGAAAUUGAAGGUUUUUUUGUUUUAUUUUUAACAUCACUGGAUAUUUUUGAUUCAUAAAAUAAGUUCUGAAACAUAGCACAAUUUCAGUCUGAAUGUUUGCAAAGUUGAUAAUAUUUCAGACCCUUUAUGAAGGGCUGUGACUUAUUAUAUAAGUUCAGUUUGUAAGUUCAUAUGUAAAAUUUUUGUUCAUACAACAUUUUCUUGGCUGCUAUGCAUAGUUUUUCCAAAAAAUUUAAAUACCUUACUGAAACAUGAAAGCAAAACCUAGAAGCGAAAGCAUUAUAUUUCACACAUCUUAAACUCCUGAAUAUUCUGGUGAAAUAUUCUUGUAAAAUACGUUAUUCUAAGUAAAAUUGAACAUUUUUAUUUGAAUUUUUUGCUGAACUGAUAAAAGGUGUUUAUACUUUAUUUUUCUUUUUAAUUUAUAUUUGUUGUGCCUGAGGUUUAAGAAAUUUGUUCUCUGUAGAACACCUCAAAGGAGAUGCAGAAGAGUUGGAAUGUUUUUUCGCAAAUGUCAAUUUUGGACAAAUUUCAAAAAGAAACACCAAAAGUUUUAACUUUUGGGGUUAAAAUGUUAAAUCCAAAUUAACUAAAAUUCCAUUCAUUUGCAUUAGCAAAUAUUUGUGCAACAGCAUUUGUGAAAAUGUAGUCAUAUAAGACAUACCCCAUUCAUUUUAAAAUGCACGACUUUGUACAUUAUGUAUAGAUUAUUAAAAUGUUUUUAAUUUAUAAAUUUCAGCCUUUGUUAAUGGCAUGAAUCUUUCUGCAGCUACUUGUGAAUACCUUUGUUUAAUAGAAACCUAUUUUGUAUAUAUUAAAUGCUGAGAUAUCAGCAUGGACAGUUAGAAGUGCUUUGUGGGCUUGCUGCAGAUGUUUGUAGGAUUCUGUAUCUACAAAUACAAAUAGUUUUGUACUAAGUAGUCUUAGUAAAAACAUGACUUUAUUUUCUAAAGGAACCAAAAUGAGUUAAAGUUAUAGAAAUGAGAAAGUGUUCCAUAAGAACUUUGCUGUUCAUACCCGUAUUAUUAUUAUUAUUAUUGUGUAUGUUUGUUUGGAUGGAGGGUAUCCACCACUAGAAAAUGUGCUUCAUUACAUUUUUUUUUUUUAAUGGAGAGUUAGUAUGACUAUUUUUGUUACAACUUGGACUAUAAGAAAUCUAGAAUUUAUCUGCUCUUUUCACCUACACCUAAAGCAAACUUGGAAGAAAUUUGAAACUGUUACUUUGAAAUAUGUAUGUUUUGCCUAGUUUAAAAGAAAGGGUGUAUAUAAUUAAAACAUUUGUAAAUUUUA